AUGUUUGAUCGGAAGUCCGAUUUCCGAUCAAGCUACGAUUUUUUCAAAGGAAUUAAGGAUAGCUUCAGUUGCGUGCCUAUGAUGACAUUAACUGCCACCUUGAGUCAGACCCAAGUGCAGAGUUUGUGCGCGGAUUAUUUGAAGAAUCCUGUCCUUAUUAAAGGUUCGAUCAAUCGCAGCAACAUCAAGCUGAACAUUAAGUCAUGCGUUACAUCAAAGAAGAAGAAGAGCUCCAGAUCAGCAGUAAAAGAAAAUACAAAGGAAGACAUUUGGUCGGAAUGUGCUACGGAUAUAAAGAAUAUAUCUGGUGAUGAAUAUGCCAUCGUAUACAUGGAUUUUCGUAGUGAUGUUGAACUAAUGACGUCAUCACUCAAGCUGCUAUUAGGCGAAGAAAAUGUUAGACCUUAUUACAGAAAAGGGAUGACUCACAAUGUAAAGAAGAAGACUGACUCUGUCUUCAUAGGAAAAGAGUUUCAAGUUUUGGUAGCCACUGAGUCCUAUGAGGUUGGCACACAUAGUGCACAUGUGGACAAUAUUUUCAGGGUGGGUUGCAUGCGUAAUCUUAGUGUUAUGAUCCAAGAAUUUGGGAGAGCUGGAAGAAGUGGUAACAACACUUAUGGUUUUCUUCUAAUCAAUGAGACAAAGGACGACCAAAGAUUAGCUUUCUGGACCAAAAACUGUUCAAAAAGUGAAGAAGAACAGAUAAAAGCACAACUAAUUCAAUCAUGGCGCUGCGUCUACUCUAUAUACUGCGGGCGAUGUAUGAGAGAGGAAAUAAUUAGUAAGUUUGGAGAAGGUCAGCUGGAGUUGCAGUGUGUAGACGAGUGUUGUUCCAGUUGUGAUAUCAAAGAUGAAAGAGAUUUCAACGCAAAGGAAGCGAUAAGGCUUCUACUUCAGGCAGUUUUAGACCUUGGACUAAUACAAGCUUAUAAGGACAAAUAA